AUGUCUCACCACAUAGACGGCGAUGACUCCUGUGACGAUGAUUACGUUGAUUCGGAGGAAGAAGAAGAAGAGGAGAAUCGUCGAUUCGGCGGCGCAGGGAAGAAGAGGGGAAGAUCGAAUUCAGAUUCCGGCUCUCGGGGAGGUAAGAAAAGGAAUUCCUCGGGUUCCAUGUUCAUAGACGAUGUGUGGCCGAGAUCGAUGAAGACGACGAAAGUGAAGAGGAAGAGGACGGCUAUCAAGGGCAUGCGGAACAUUAAUGCUAAUCAUAAGAUUUUACUUGUGCCCAUAAGAGAAAUGACGGGUGUUCUUACUGUUCAAAGUAAAGCAAUUGAUAUUUUCUGGUAUACUUGGGUUAGAAUGAAACGCGGGAUGUAUAAAAGUGAUCUAGCUCGGGUGGUUGAUGUUGAUAAUGUGAGUAGAACGGUCACGGUCAAGAUAAUCCCGAGAAUUGAUCUGCAGGUUCUAGCCAAUAAGCUGCCUAUUAAGAUGACCAUCCUGCUUCUAAACCAUAAGAUAUUUGGUCACAUUUUACUUGGGUAUUUGCAAGAAGGGAGAGAGAUUGUCAAGAAAAAAGCUUUUGUUCCACCUCCACGUUUCAUGAACAUUGAUGCGGCAAGGGAACUUCACAUACGUGUUGAGCACCGGCGUGAUCGGAUGACGGGUGAUUACUUUGAAAAUGUUGAUGGUAUGCUUUUCAAAGAUGGUUUCCUGUACAAAAAAGUAUCAACGAAGUCGAUCACUGCUCAGAAUGGUUGGGUUGAGAAAGUAGAUGAAGAUACUGUUCAUAUCAGAUCAGAGAUGAAAGGUCUUCCUAUUCGUGUCUUCGCUGAUCAUGUCGUCAAGAGUGCAGAAGUGACUAAUGGUGUCACAAAAAUUGUAAGCCUCUUUUUGCAGGUUGAUUCCUUCUCAAGAUCUGACAACUCUAAGACACCUCCAUCUCCAAGAAGAUUUCAACGGGCGGACAUGGGAUAUAACUUAGCUGGAGCAGGAGCUGGAUGUAGACAACAUUGGGGUGGAAGAGGAGGAAGGGGGAACGAUCUUUUGGUGGGUACUUAUGUGAAAGUUCGCAAGGGCCUUUCAAGGGAUAUAGGGGACAUUUAG